AUGGUCAAUAUUCCCGCGGAUCUUGGUGUCCAGUUCACAGAAAUGUACAUGAAAAACAUUGAGAAUUAUGAGCUUUUAAUUUCGCUGUUAGAUGCACCUGAAGGUUUUAUACGCAGAAACGCUAUGCGACUUCUUACAGUGCUUUCCAUCAAUCGUCUAAGUGAUACGCAGACAGCUGUUUUGCAAUGUCGUACUGGGGUCUCAAAACUUGUGGAUAUCCUAUCGGACACACAUGAAGUUUUACGAAAUGAUGUCAUCCUUCUUUUGACUGAACUUACAAAAUCAAACACGAAUAUCCAAAAAAUCGUAGCGUUUGAGAAUGCUUUUGAUCGGUUACUGAAAAUUAUCUAUUCAGAAGGUUUAUGUAAUGGGGGUGUCGUUGUGGAAGAUUGUCUUCGUUUGCUGCUUCAGCUAUUAGAUGGUAAUCCAUCCAACCAGAUUUUGUUCUUGGAAGGAAAUUUUAUUCAGCGUCUUUCCUUCUUGUUUGACUUGCAUUCAACUGAAAAUGUCCCAUCAAAAAGUUGGUCCGCCCAAAAAGUUGUUAACGCGGAAUUGGCCAUGCAGGUUGUGCAAACCUUAGUUGCACCCUGCAAUAAGGCUCAGUUAACACGAAACUGUCAGAAUGUUAUUCAUGAUUGUGGUCUACUUGGAAAGCUAUGUAAUAUUGUCAUGGUUAAUGGCGUCCCAGCAGAUGUCCUAACGAAAGCAAUUUAUGCCUUAGCAGAUUCAAUACGUGGAUGUCCACAAAAUCAAGACUACUUGGCUAAAUUGGUUGCACCAUCUGAUCCACCUCAAUCUGCUAUCAAUGUGCUGCUCAUAUCUAUGGUGAACAAGCAUCAAUCCGUAUUGGUGCGUGAGGCUGUACUAUACUGCUUUCAGUGUUAUUUAGCCUCUAAUCAUGAAGCGCAAAAUGCCAUUGUUAUGACGUUACUGCCUAAACCUGGUGAUGUUCCACAGAAUACUGUUAGUGCUGGCCAGUUACUAUGUGGAGGAUUAUUUUCCAAUGAUUCAUCAACUUGGUUCUGUGCUAUAGCCCUUCUUCACUGUAUUCAUGAUAAUGUUCGUCUUAAAGAGGAACUAUUGCGUGUACAUUUAACUCCAAAUGAAGGAGUUGGUCCUGUUACUCUAUUUCAUCAAUGUUUCAUUUGGCAACAACAGAGUAACCGCUUUCAAACUCGCAUGGGUUUAUUACAGUUAUUGUGUACUUGGUUUACUAGCUGUUCUCAAGCGAUUACAUAUUUUUUAAAUUCAACCAAUUCGAGAGAAUUGUCAAGCUCUUUAAACAAUCCUACAGAAGCAACAAAUCGUGGGUCGUAUUUAUCAACCCUUAUUGCAGAGGUAUGUGCAGUGGAUAACGAUGAAAAUGAAGCACUAAUUCGUGGAUUGACUACACUUAUAAUUUGCAUUUGUGUAAUAUACCACCCUGGGAAUAUACAUGGAUUUGACAAGUAACUUUUCAGUUUUUGUCAACCAUUUGUUUCCUUUAUUUAAAUAUUUUGAUGAUAGGCUUCUUCGUUUUCAAGUUCAUAUAGAUAUUCUUUUUUUUGUAGCUAAUCUAUAGUGAUAAAUCCUAGGCUUUCGACUAAAGAAAAUCAUCGAUAGUACUCAUAUGUGCUGUUCGUUAAAGGCAUGGGAUGAAUCAUGCUUUGGUGUUUUCUCUUGGUUUAUUCAUCAACCCUCUGUUGGCUGACUUAUACAGUGAAUAUAUUCCACGGAAAAUUAUCAAGCCUUCUGCUUAUAACGAAGCGUUAAGAUGUAGUCACCUAAAAAUACGACUAUUAUGUAGAAGGACAUGAAGCCACACAUAGACGGUAUCAUCUAGUUUUAGUACUUUAUGUGAAUAUUGUGGCAAAAAAUUGAAAAUUGUUUCCUGACGUCGAAUUUUCCUUAAGAAUAUCAAAAGUCAAGAAAUGUGUUUAUUCGUAUUUGUAGAUAAAAGUAUGAUGUCGAUUUAAAAAAUUUACCAACUUUUUAUUUCAAUCUUAUGCGCAAACUGAGUUUUUUGGUUUCAGCAAAUGGUUUGAAAAAUGUGCAAGAGUCCGUCAUUAAAACAUAUUUAUUUUCUCUGUGUCUAACCUUGCAUUUUGAGCAAGAUAUUCUGUAUCGACUUAGUUUGAAUCUCAUCAUUGUUUUAUUAUUUCGUUUUGAUAUUUAAUUCCACUUGUUGAUCUUUGUAUGCAUAUGCAUAAGCAUGGGUAUGUAUGUAUUGUUAUCACAACUACGCACCCCAUCAAACUUCAUCAUAAGCACCCGAAAACCUAUGGUAGAUAAUGAAUUUCCAAGUUAUUCAAACACAAUAUUUCAUAGGUGUCAAUUUGUACACUUAUAACUUGGUGUUGUUCAGUAGUAGUAGCAGUAGUAGUA